UUUAGGGCGUGAUUACGUUAUUAUUUUUUGUCUGUAUAUUUGUUAGUAUCGUUGCUGAUUACGGGACAAUCUGUAUAAUACUGACGCUACACGUGCGUAUUAUUAAAGUAUUAGCUCUUCACUGAUACAACUGAUGACCGCGAAAUGUAAUCACCCCGGCAAAAUAUCAAUUCAUUUUUCAAAUGAGUGCAGACGACUCAACAUUGACACGUUCAAAUUUUAAAAUGUUGCUCAAGUAAUGGGUAAUUUAUGAGAAAUGUUGAGCGUUAUAGUGCUAGUUUUAUUCUUGGUAACAGUUACAGUAUCAGAAGAAGACGAGGAGCAGUUCGAGAAACAUAUUCAAAGAGUAUCUUCCGAUGUAUAUCUAUGUAAACAACCUAGUCCUAGAGUUAUAUAUCUUCCCGAAAUAUUUGGAGAUAAAUGGGAAACCUACAAACAACAUCAAGCAUCUAUCAGACCUUUAGCAACAGUACUUCAUAGAUGUCAAGCAACCGGAUGUUGUGAAAAGUACAAUGAAAUAUGUAGAGCGAAAUAUGAAAAGACCGUACCCCUAAUGUUUCUAAUUGCUUCUACAAGUGAAUACGUAUUACUCACGGCAGUCAAUGAUACGGAAUGUAUAUGUGAGUUGGAUAAUUCAAUUACAUGAAACUAAUUACUUUUUUGGUUUUUAUGAAUCCCAUGGAAUAAUAUCUUGCAAAAGUGACAAAUCUUAUUAGAGGUUAUGCGUCUAUCGGGAAUCGAUGUCUUCCGAAUUAGAAGAACUUGGAUUGUGUGAUAUGACAGACAUAUGAAAACGUAAUGCCACGUUAAAUGGAUCAACAACAUUUAAUUUAUUCCCUUUGGAAUAGUAAAGAGUCUGUGAUAAUGUUAAUAAAUGAUUUUUAUUGAUC